CGGCUACUUCACUUUAUAAAGCUAAAGCGUCUCGGGUUUAGCUGUUUUGGUCUGUACAAGGCUCAGCAGCGAAUAACAUCGUGACGGUCUUUUACUAGAUUUAAUGAGAGGGUUACAUUGGGAGUUGAACCAGGAAAAAACGCCGUUGCCGUAUCAUGAAGUGAGAUAUAAUGCACCAGCUACACUAACAGCUUGCGUUUGAGUUUUUUUGCAUGAAUGAUCAUAGUAAAGCGUAGCCAUCCUGGUCGUUGUACGUUUGCGCGGUGGUGAAUGAUCUUGUUACUCAGUGUUGUGUCUUCGGAAGCUCCUAGCCAGUCCUCUCGUGCUCCCGCUGGUACUACUGUGUAGCUUCACAUCAACAGGGGACUCACAAUGCUCAGCUGGUUGGAGCGACGACAAGACCCAUAACUUCGAGUCAAUUCGGUCCUUCUUCAUUAUUAUGCUGCCUUUUACUGCGUGAACAUACGUGAACCACCACAGCCAAACAAUGAGAGGCACCCUUAAGAGAAAGUUUGCAGAGGUAGAUCCUUGCUACCUCUCCUCCUCUCCUUCGUCCUCCCUCUCCUCCCCCACCUCCACAGAGUGGGAAUCCGACGGGGAGAGCAGCUCCUCUGACAACCAGGAUUUCACCCCACACAGCCCUUCUUCACCCUCCAGUUUACCCAUUCGGUCCAUCCUGAAGAAGCCCAAGCUUCGAGGUGCACAGAGCAACGUGCACUUUGACCAGGUGAUAGUGUUCAGUUUCCCACGCUGCCAGGGCUUCACCAGUGUGCCCAGCCGUGGAGGUGCCACUCUGGGUAUGGUGCGUAGACACAGUGCCCUCCAGAGGUACACAGUGGCAGAGCAUGCACUGGAACGACGGCACAGGCGCAGACAGAGGCUCCAAGAAAGACUGAGAGAAGAGAGAAAAGAGACUCCAAAACACAAAUUGAUCUCCCAUGGGGCCACUGCCCAGCAGGAAGCACACAGGCUAACUGUAGAUCAAGUCACAAAUAAAGACGCUGACAUCCACUUCAGUGAUGCUGAGCUGGAUUAUGGGAGUGUCCUUCAGCCAUACUCCUCCAAACAGCGGCAGGCGCUCCUCCAGGCAGCGGGGGUGAAGCGCAUCGACAGAGAAGAGAAGAAGCAGCUUCAUGCCCUGCGACUCUCCAGAGAGGCCUGUGGAUGUGACUGCCAAGGCUUUUGUGAGCCAGAGACCUGCGCAUGUAGCCUGGCAGGCAUCAAAUGCCAGAUGGACCGUUUCAACUUCCCAUGUGGCUGCACUAAGGACGGCUGUGGAAACACUCGCGGACGCGUUGAGUUUGACUCCAGACGUGUGCAGACCCAUUACAUCCACACUGUCAUGAGACUUGGACUGGAGAAACAGAUGCAAGAUGAAGCGGUGAGCCAAGAAGACCAGUCAGGACUUCCAGAGGACCCUGUAGUGUAUGAGGACCAAGAUGAGGCUUGUGUGGCGCAGAAUGCACAGGACAAGAGCUGCCCCUUUGGGUUCAGCGUGGAGGCAGACUGUCUUUCUCUCACAGUGCCCAUCUCUCCUUCCUUCCAUUUCAUCCCAGAGCGGCUGGUAGUGGAGGACAACAGCUGCAGCAGCAACUUGACUGAAUCCUCCUGCUCCUCCUCUGACUCUGAUGCAGGACAAUGCCUCACUGGGAGUCAGAAUCUCCCUGAAGCUGAUUUCCUUAGUAUCUGUGACUCUGAAAAUAAUAACUACUCUAAAUACAGUGAACUGAGCCACAUAGGAGAACCACUGACACAGCACAGCGGAAACUCUGCCACUUACAGCACAACUACUGACAGUAUGGGACCACUUACAGCCAACACAUUCACAGACAGUAUAAACAGGACCUCAGUGACAGAUUAUCUUGAUGAGAAUGCAAACCAAGCUAGAGACAUCUUUGACAGUGAUUCUCUUGAGGGUUUCCCCAGCACCCCCUCCCCCACUGUGGACUACUCUUCAGGCAGGUAUAUGGACCUGAGUCUGUCGUCUGACUCAGACCUGGAGUUCUUCGACAGUGACUACCCCUCUGGACCAGUGCACAGCUCUUUUAAAGGUCUCAGACAUCCAGACAGCUUUUGCCAUCUCCAGCUGUUCAGCUCUGUUAGUUUGCCACAGUAUGAAUCGAGUACCUACCUCCUGGAGUCUCUGAUAGGCCUGACUGAACCAAGCCCAGAGCAAGUUUACUCAGUCACUGAUAAUCAGUCUUUAUAGGUGAUUCAGAGAACUCUUUUAACAUAAAAGCUGUGUGAGAGAAUUAUAUCUAAAUAGCACAGCUUUUAUGUAUUUGUAAGUAUAUUCCAAUGUACAAGAAGAAUUGGUAAAGUAUCUUUCCUUGUUGGUAAUGGUAAAUGGUCUUAUACUUGUAUAGCACCUUUCUAUGCUUUUACAGCACACUCAAAGCGCUUUCACACAU